AGGACCAUGGCCAACAGCGAACGCACCUUCAUUGCCAUCAAGCCUGAUGGGGUCCAGCGCGGCCUCGUGGGAGAGAUCAUCAAGCGUUUUGAGCAAAAGGGAUUCCGCCUCGUUGCUAUGAAAUUAAUUCAGGCUUCCGAAGACCUUCUCAAGGAACACUACAUUGACCUGAAGGACCGUCCAUUCUUUGCCGGCCUGGUGAAGUACAUGCAAUCAGGGCCUGUGGUUGCCAUGGUCUGGGAGGGGCUGAAUGUGGUGAAGACAGGCCGGGUGAUGCUGGGAGAGACCAACCCUGCGGACUCCAAGCCCGGGACCAUCCGUGGAGACUUUUGCAUCCAAGUUGGCAGGAACAUCAUCCAUGGCAGUGAUUCCGUGGAAAGUGCGGAGAAGGAGAUUGGCUUGUGGUUUCAGCCUGAAGAGCUGGUGGAUUACAAGAGCUGUGCUCAGAACUGGAUCUACGAGUGACGAGAGAGCAGACCUCAAUGCUUUGCCCGUUCCAGCCCCUCUCCCUCCCGUGAGCAGGGGGCCAGCCUCUAGCAAAUACGGGUAUUUUUGAGAACUUCCUUGUAAUGCGGAGGGGAACUCCUGGAGCUGGGAGUGCUCCCUGAACAGUAUUAUGUACCACCAUCAGAUUAAAAUAUCUCAUCCCAGUAUA